CUUGAAGAUGCAAUUCGCAGAGAAAAGAACUUGGAAGAAGCUAAAAAGAUUGUGAUCAAGAAUGAUCCUAGUCUUCCAGAGCCUAAAACACUUAAGAUUCGAUGUUUGGAGGAAUUCAGGGAUCAGCGUGUGAAAGUGUUUGGCUGGGUGCACAGGUUGCGCAAACAAGGGAAGAACCUGAUGUUCAUAGUUCUUCGAGACGGUACAGGCUACCUGCAGUGUGUCCUUACUGAUCAGUUGGUAAUUAUUUUCCAAUAUUUGUUUCCCUUGUUACAUAAGCACCAACUAUUUUUCAACAUUACAGAGGUUGUGCAACGAUGCCUCCAGGAUUUCAAGCCCCCUAAACGUCCUUUCAAGAGAAUGAACUACCCAGAGGCCAUCACCUGGCUGAAGGAGCACGAUGUGAAAAAAGAGGAUGGGACCUACUAUGAAUUUGGAGAAGACAUUCCUGAAGCUCCUGAGAGACUCAUGACUGACACCAUCAAUGAGACCAUCCUGCUUUGCCGCUUCCCAGCUGAGAUCAAGUCUUUUUAUAUGCAGCGCUGCCCUGAAGAUAGACGCCUUACUGAAUCAGUUGAUGUACUGAUGCCUAAUGUUGGAGAGAUUGUUGGAGGGUCAAUGCGUAUCUGGGAUAGUAAAGAACUGCUGGAAGGCUACAAGAGGGAAAACAUUGACCCCACUCCCUACUACUGGUACACAGAUCAGCGCAAAUACGGCACCUGUCCUCAUGGUGGGUAUGGUCUGGGGCUGGAGCGAUUCCUGACCUGGGUGCUGAACAGACACCACAUCCGGGACGUGUGCUUGUACCCACGCUUCAUCCAGCGCUGCAGACCUUGAGAGUGGAAAACAACAGUCCUCUCUAAACAUAGCAUAGAAAUAGUUAUCCUUUAGAAAUAAGAUGCUUACAUAGGCAAAUGUUGCAAACUGGCUAAAUGCUUUUGCUUUUCUUGAUUUCGCAUCGUGAGUAAUGUUGGUUGUCUGUAAAAACAGUACUGCCUCGUCUGCAAAUAAAUCCAUGUCGUUAAAUGCAUUGGGUAUCUGCAAAACUUUCAGUACUUGAUUAUAGGCAUUUUGUUUUGCAAUACCGAUAAAUCACGUAGUUCUCCCUAAUGAAUACAGACAAAUCUCAAUUUAAUGUAUAAGUAUCUAGGUUAAAGACUCCCAAAUACUGUUGGUUAUUCCGUGUUUUCAUGUUUGGCUUUGUCUGGUGCCCUGAUUGAGCCAAUGUGUAAUAUUGUAGCUGCAGCUUGUACUAUUUCAAGUCUCAAGGUCCCUGUGAUUGGGUGGCGAAUGUGAGUUGACAAUAAACUUUAAAUGUUUAAAAUUAGAAAA